UGAUCUUUUGCCGCUGACUGACUGACUGAUCAUGCUGGCUUGAGCCAUGUUUGAGAAAAACAAUUAAUGUUGCUGAAAUAACACUCAUGAGUUGUCACACGCAAAGAGUAGGGCUUCGGUCGUUCUUUAGAUACUUCAGACAUGUCAGAGGUCGUCUUUCCAUUUCCAACUCCAGCAUUUCAAAGUUGAGCUUCAGCAGCAAAGACAGCAGCUUCAACUUGUUGAAUUUGUCGUCUGCUAGCGCUUUCUGUGCUGUUGCUAGAUUAUACCAUAAUAGAACAAGGAACAGCUGCUCGCAACAGAAAUUGACAAGUGGGAGUUUUGUGAAACUGCCGUACCUGCAAAGCGAAUUUCAGCAGAGGAUUUCAACCUCACUCAGCAUAAUUAGAUCCAGCAGCAAAUUGUCAAAACUUAAACUUAAAGGCAUGGAUCUGAAAGACGUGCUGUGUGCCCUCGACAAGUUCGCACCAACCUCUCUCGCCGAAAGCUGGGACAAUGUCGGGUUGCUUGUGGAGCCCACGCCACCGCAUCAUGUCAAGACAAUGUUCCUGACCAAUGAUUUAACAGAGGAGGUUUUGACGGAGGCCAUCGACCAGAAAUCAGACUUCAUCUUGGCGUAUCAUCCCCCGAUAUUUGCCCCUUUGAAGAGGUUGACCAUGAGAAACACGAAGGAAAGGAUCAUCGUCCGAGCUAUUGAGAAGAGAAUUGCAAUAUACUCCCCUCACACUUGUUAUGAUGCCGUCAAGGGUGGGGUCAAUGACUGGUUGGCAGAAGGGCUAGGUCCUUGCAAUGUGGAACCCAUGAAGACAUCACAGAAGCCUUCAGACAGUGGAUGGACUCACAGGAUAGAGUAUGUGGUGCCUGAUACAAGCAGUCUGUUGCUUCCACUUGGUUUGGGUACAUCUGUCUCCCAAGUCUCAAGUACACCAACUGAGAAUGGGCUUCAGGUGGUACAUUGUUGCAAUGAACAAGGUCUGCUGUCCAUCAUGGAAAGUAUGGAAUCAUCUCCGGAGAUUAAGAAGACAGUCCAAAUCACAAAGCUGGAAAAACUUCCAACACCAGGCACUGGCACUGGAAGGAUAUGUAAGCUAAAAUCUCCAGUUUCCAUAGCAACAGCGGUACAACGUGUCAAGAACCAUCUUGGGCUGCAACAUGUGCAGUUAGCAUUGGGAAGCCAGAAAACACAAGACUCUGAAGUCAAGACUGUCGCCAUUUGUGCUGGUUCAGGGGCCAGUGUCCUGGCCGGGGUACCAGCCGACGUGUACCUCACAGGGGAGAUGUCACAUCAUGACAUCCUGGCUGCCGUGGCCAGGGGGACCAGUGUAAUCCUCUGCAACCACAGCAACACGGAACGUGGAUAUCUUCGGGUCCUCAAGGCCAAACUGGGUGACAUGCUGAAUGGGACAGUGAAUGUCAUUGUUUCGGAGGUCGAUGCUGAUCCACUGAAUGUGGUGUGAAAGCCUCAUUGGUCUAUUCAUAUUUCCUAUUAAGCAUUUCAUGUUUAUUAACCAAAAUCCAAUCCAAAUUUUCAAAAAUAUUCAACAAAAGGACAAUAUAUUAACCCUUACUCCCUAGGCAUUUUUGCUAGGAUGCAA